AUGUCGAUGCCAACAGCAGUGUCCAGCCUGAUCCCGCUGCUGCGUAUUAACCCUAGCACCCAGACACCAAGCCAAGCAUCUCAGGAGGCGAGCUUGCUCGAGGAGGUCGCCGUACAGUACAGCAACACGUACGAAUUCGUCUCCGCCAAUACACCAAGCAGCAGAGCCUUCGGGGAGCUCUUUGACGCGCUGGUCCGUUACCGCCUUGUUCAGUCGUCGUGGCGCUGCUCUCUGCGACCUGACCACCUGCUUCGCGUGCUUCAGUGCACCCGGCUGCUGUCCCGAGAUGCGGUGCUCAGGCAGCGGCUGCUGGAGGUGGGGGCCAUCAAGGUGCUGUGUCUUCUCUUCCGGGAGCAAGCCGCGGCACACUUCAGCGGCACAAUCACCUCCUUCCAGAUUGAGGUGUUGACCGAGUGCGCCUCCAUCAUCAAGAGGCUGGCGGGGGACGAGUGGGGCCUGGCAGCCCUCACCUCGGAGGAGGCCCACCUGACCCUGCUGCAGCUGCUGAGCUCUACGGACCCCGCCGUACUGCAGCUGGUGCUGGUGGUGUUGAUAGGGUUCGCGGCGCACCGGUCGCACUACGUGCACGUGACUGCCCCGGCGGCGCUGGAGACCUUGCUGCGGAUAGUCACCGAGUACGACUUGACGUACAAGAGGCUGGCCGCCGACUUGCUUGCGCUGCUAGCUCGUCGCGAGGCGGUGGUGUGGGAGUUGCUGGCCCUCAGCGGUCUGGGUCGCUUGGUCGGUCAGCUGGUGCCGGGGGGGGAUGGACAGCUCACUCAGAGCCUGCUGAGGGUGCUGUGCUACGUGGCGGCGGAUGGGGGGGCGGUGGUGGAGAUGUACCACGUGGGCUCUAUCCCCGUGUUGAUGUCCUUGGUGGGCGCUGCCGUACGUGAGUUGGCCUCCAACCCGACACACAACUGCCUGCCUGCGGGUCGGGUUACGGAGCUGCAGCUGGCGGCCACCUGCCUCACCAGGCUGUCGGAGCAUGACGAGUGCGCGGCGCAGAUACGGGCGUGUAACGGGGUGACGUUGCUGGGGAAGCUGCUGAUGGUGCAACCCGCGCUGGGGGAAGAUCCCCGCGCCAACGACAAGACAUCCAGGGAGGUGUUGUCCCUCAAGGCGUAUGUGUUUCGGGCGCUGAGGUACCUGUUCAGUGUGGAGAGGAACAGAAAGAUGUUCAAGCGGCUGUUCCCACCGGAGUUGUUCGCCGCCUUCAUCGACGCAGGUCACUACAACUCCCAGCUCAUGGCUUAUGCGCCGCUAGUCACCCAAUUCGAGGAGCUAUCCGAGAAGCAGCGUCUUGGUGUAUCAGCGGCGCUGGACGACGUGUCUGUUGCCCGGGAGGGCAGCGGGCUGCGGUCUGUGGGCGGCUACGUCAUCUUGGAGAUGCUGGGGAAGGGCGCGUUUGGGGCCGUGUACAAGGCGCGGAAGUACCGUGGCGAGACCCUGGUGGCGCUGAAGGAGCUCCCCCUCUCCGACGUGGGGCUGUUCGGGGCCACGGAGAGCGAGGUCUCCGCGGGGGUGGGCAGGAUGUGCAAGGAGGUGGAGAUACUGUCCAGCUUGUCACACCCCAACAUAGUGCAGGUGGGGGCGGUACUACGAGUCCUUUUCCCUCCGGGCCCUAUCUGUACAUUGCCAUGGAGCUCGUGGAGGGAACCAGUCUGCUGGACCACCUGCAGGNGGGUGGAUAAGGGGGGGUCGGGUGGAGAUGAUUGGCGAAAGGCAAAAAUGAGGCACUUGGGGCGGCUUGUCACCGUCAUGGAUGGUGGUGGUGAUGGUUUAGUCGUCGUAUUUGGAGCUCCCGGGGGCCCGAAUGCGGAGCCCGGUAGCCCCCGGGGUUUGGAGCAGAAGGGUCGGCGAAUGCCUGAACAGGAUAUAUGGCAGGUUCUUAUGGCGGUCAUCCUGGCCCUCAACUACAUCCACGGGGUGAAGAAGAUCGUACACCGGGAUUUGACCCCGGCCAACAUCGUGUUGGGGCAGGGCCCGGAGGGGCUGAGGCAUACCAAGAUUGCGGACUUUGGAUUGGCCAAGAGGCUGUCCAGUAGCGUAGUGGCGCAGUCCAUGGUGGGAACAAUGCCGUACACCUGUCCGGAAAUAAUACAGCAGGAGCCGUACAGCGAGAAGGCCGAUGUGUGGUCCCUGGGGUGUGUGACGUACCAUAUGGUAAUGCUCCGGCCGCCUUUUGACGGCAGUAAUCCGUUGUCGGUUGCGCAUAAGAUUGUGGAGGGAUCGUACGACGCGCCCGCCGAUCCGCCCGCCACUGUCGGACCGCCGUACAGCGCCCAGCUGAAGCGGCUCAUUGGAACGCUGAUGACGGUGGAUCCAAAAAAGCGCCCCAGCAUAUCCGAGGUGGCUGCCCUGGUCUCGGGGCAGCUGAUGGCCUCCCUGGAGCGAGCGGCGCUCAAUGAGCAGCGAAUGACUAAGGCCCUCCAGGUGGCCGGGGGAUGGAGCGGACCGCCCUACAAGCACAUCGGCGGCUGGGUAGCGCACGAGACCAGCAAAACGCUGUUUCAGGGGGGGGUGGCGGAGGUGGCGUUGGUGCUGGUGUUGGCAGCCCACUGCGGAGCUGUUGAUGGGUCGGCCCUGGACCGACUGGACAGUCUAGGAGGGGCAGGGGGAGGGGCAGGGGGGGAGGCGGGACCGGGUCCCGGAUCUGUGGCCUCCGGGGGGGGCGGGGGCGGGGGCGGGGGCGGAGGGGGUCUGGGCAGCGGCGGCAGUUUGCGCACGGUGACUCUGGCCACCAGCCGCCUGCGGGCGGUCGCCGACCCGCUCACGCUCAUGCUCACGCAGCUGCACAAGGUGAUGUGGGUGGAGCAGCUGCCUCCGGGUCUGGCUCGAGAUCACCGGCGGAGAGCGGUCGAGUCCUUUCGGAGACAUCUCUUCGCGCAGGGCUCCAACGCGGCCUCCGUGAAGAUCUCUCUCGCCAAGCUGCUGGCGGGGGCCUCAGACCUGGUGGCUGACGCGGCAGGGCGACCCAUAGACUUCGGGUCCGUGCCGCUGGCCCCGGGGGAUGGAGACACCACCACCACCACCACAGCUACCACCACCACCACCGCCGCUACCGCUGCCACAGGCGCUGUGGCGGUCGGCAGUGGCACGGCGGUAGCUGCCGCCGGCGCCGCUGGCGGUGGUGGUGGCGUGGUGGUGGUGGCGGGAUUGUCUUCGGAUGGCCACCUGACUUACGAGCAGCUUUCUGGUGUGCUCGAGAGUCUGUUGGUGGAUAAGGGGUACUACAGCGGCGGCGGCGGCGGCAUGGUGGUGGUGACGGAGGCGGAGCUUCUUGAUCAGUUGCCGCUGCCUAAUUUUAACGUGACGGCGCAUGUGGGGGCGCAUGUAGCGGCAUUUGCGGCGGACAGGGCAGGCGGGGGGGAGGCAGGCGGUGGCUGUGGGGGAGGGGGAGGGGGCAAUGUGAGUGGAGGACCCACGGGUCGCGGCGGCGGCUAUGUGGGUUUGCCGCCUCUCGGCCGGAAUCGAUAG